GGACGAGCCCGCUAAUUGCUCAGGGCUCACUGCUACUCCCGCCGCUGCUUUCCUGCUAGCACCCUACACACACGCCGCUCGCUGCACUGCACGUCUUUGCACCUGACUUGACUCUCCUACUCGACCAUCGCUCGCACAACCAGCCCAAGCUCGGGUCUACCACCGCUCGGUUGUCGCUCACGCUCUUCAUUUCUUCACGCCACAUCAACACGCACCGCGACUCCGACUUGGCUGCGCGUGUGUGCUCUUCCAAUCUCUACCUAUUGUUGUGCUACAGCGUUCCCUCUUCACCGCAUCGCCGACCAAAGUCACCCACUGCCCUUCCACACAAAGUCCUUGUGUGCAUCCACCGGCCUCCGCUGCCAACUCACAAUUCAUACAUAGUCACGUCCACACCCGUUUAGGCUCGCCCACGCCCACGCCCACUCUCACUCGCUCGCCCAUUCACGUCGCUUCCUUGAAAGCUGGACAUAACGUAGGCCCACUAUGGUUGGCCCGUAUGCGGGCGGACCACCACAGAACGGCUCUUCUGUCUACCCUCAGCGCUACGACUCGCCUGGGCCGCAGACCACGGCCUUUGACUCCCGCACCGGCAACACCAUGAGCAACCGCAACAUGCCUCCCGGAGCCUACUCGCAGCCAGACCCUCGAGGCGUCGGCACCUCGGGUCGGCCUGACCCCUCGAAGAUAUUGCUCCCCCCUUCGCGACAAAACAGCUACCCGAUGUCCGACAACCCGGCGGGGCCCCAACCCUCACAAGAAUAUGGAAGCUCGCAGAACGUAGGACGACCAUCGACGGACAGGCAGAAGAGCUCAAGUAAUGGCACGAGGAGGCCUAGCGGGACUAGGAUAUGUGGGAAGUGUGGGGAGCCGCUUCAGGGACAGUUCGUUCGAGCGCUGGACAACACAUUCCACUUGGAUUGCUUCACGUGUCAUGAAUGCGGCAAGAUCGUGGCGUCUAAAUUCUUCCCCGUCCCUGAUGAAGGUCCCAACCAGUACCCUCUCUGCGAGACCGACUAUUUCCGCCGUCUUGAUCUCUUGUGUUACCAAUGCGGUGGCGCUCUUCGCGGCUCCUACAUCACCGCCCUUGACCGCAAAUACCACAUCGAACACUUCACCUGCUCGAUAUGUCCCACCAUCUUCGGAGCCCAAGACAGCUACUACGAACACGAGGGAGACGUGUACUGUCACUACCACUACUCGACACGAUUUGCGCAGCGGUGUCACGGCUGUCAAAACGCCAUUCUCAAGCAGUUUGUCGAGAUUUUUCGCAAUGGCCAGAAUCAGCACUGGCAUCCUGAGUGCUACAUGAUCCACAAAUACUGGAAUGUGCGGCUCUCGAACGUGAAGAAGGACGCGAACGCCGAGCCCGAGGUGCCCAGGAGCGAGGACAACCCUUCGGACCCGGUCAGAAACAGAGUACGGGACGAGGAGGAGCGUGUCGAGGGCAAGGUGUUGUGGAUUUGGCGGUCCCUCUCCACAUUUGAGGAACGUUCGGCAACGUGCAUCUCAGACAUGCUGCUGCAUGUUAGCAAUGGGGUGUACUUUGACGGCAUCAUGGCCGCGAAGCGUUUCAUUGUGCAUGUGGACGUGUUUUUCAAAUGUACGGAUGAUUUGGACCGUAUGCUAGCCUCCCAGACGGGGAAGGGUCUGUCCUACAGCCGCGAAGCUAAACUCCUGUGUAAGAAGGUUGUGUCGUUCUUCUCGCUGCUCUCAGAGUCAUCGGACGCAGGGAUGCGUAGACUGGGCGUUACUCAAGAGCUGCUCUCGCUUGUGACGGGCCUGGCUCACUAUCUCAAGCUCUUGAUUCGGAUCUGCCUGCAGGGCGCACUGAAGCUGGAGCGCGAGACGGGUAGCGCCGAUGGGCUGAACCGCUUCCUCAACCAGAUCAAUUCCCUGGAUGAACGACUGGCCCAAAACGAAGCCUCCGACCCAAUUGCGGAAUCACUGCCAUACGUACGGGGGGAAUCAGAUCACUGUCCCAUCUGCGGAAAACCCGUCGAAGAUCGCUGUGCUAAGUUUGCAGAUAGAUGCUUCCACUUGACGUGUAUGCGAUGCAAGACAUGCGGACGGGACGUCAGUGACAAAGUGGGUGAGGCGUGGUUCAGUCCUUCUGUCGGGCAGGUGCUCUGUUACGAACACAGGAAUCAAUUCGCAGAUGGCCAGAUGGGGUUCAGGCCGGUGACAAGACUGCAGCAGUAUGUGCAUCUCUUGCUCGUGGCCCACGCGCGCCUUCUGGCCACGCUGAGAAGCCAAGGUGCGCUGCCGCACACGUCAGAUGAUCCAAAUCUCGCCCGUUACGACUCAAGCCAAGGACACCGACCUGGGCCAACAGAUGCCGCGUCGCCGCCAAUGCUGAGCGCAGAUAGCAGAUCAAAGUCGUUUGCUGGCUCGACGUCGACGAUGGCACAGCAAGAAAAGAAUAAUCGCAUCUCCGCGUCUUACGAACAAACUCUCGGCGACAUCCGUAGACUGCGAUCGACGAGGAUGGAACGGCACUUGUCUACCACACAAAAGAAAGCGCGCACUUCACGUGUCAUUGAAGGUCCCGGAGGCGGUGUUCAACCCGGCCCUGCAGACAACGACCCACGAAGCAAUCGCGGAGGUAACCAGAUGGGCAACGAUGAAUCACAGCUCGCGUUUGGUACACAGUCCAUCGCUCUGGAUGACAUACCUCGUCUGGUUGCUGCAGAGCAAGCACGCGAACAGCGACCCAACGCAGCCAAGUACGCGAGAGGCAACCUUGGUCCACGUGAGCCUCAACCGCGGCUCCUUAACGGACACCGACGCGACAUGUCUGGCGGAAACGAACUUGAUCGUGCUAUCGCCGAAGGCGGUGGCGCGAGUGGUGGUCAGCGGACUCGUCGUUACUUCUCGGAGCUUUCCCCGUUGGAGUACUUCUUUGUACGUCAUAUUGCAGUGCUGAACAUGGAGCCGUUACUGGAUGGCCACUUUAACCAACAGGAGCUGCUGAACUUGAUCGAGCCGCCAGAAAAAUCCGGCAACACAUUCUGGUCCCGCUUUGGGAAGGCACUCAAAGGAGGCGGAGGUGACAAGAAGGACAAAGACAAAAAGAAAGGCAUCUUUGGCAAGCCUCUUGAGGUGAUUGUUGAACGCGACGGUGCCGAGUCAACCGAUGGCGUUGGACCAGGUGCUCUGCGCAUCCCUGCUCUCGUGGAGAGUGCUGUCUCCGCCAUGCGCAACAUGGACAUGUCAGUUGAAGGCGUGUUCCGCAAGAACGGCAACAUUCGUCGCCUGCGCGAGCUUAGCGAGGAAAUCGAUGCCAAAGGCUGCGAAGCCGUCGACCUCUCCAAAGAAACACCAGUUCAAGUUGCAGCCUUGCUUAAGAAGUUCCUCCGUGAGCUUGCCGACCCAGUUAUGACAACCAAACUGCAUCGCCUCUGGAUCACGGCAGCCAAGAUUCCUGACGAGGAAAAGCAGCGCCGCAUCCUGCACCUGACUUGCUGCCUCCUGCCCAAAGUGCACCGCGACACUAUGGAGAUUCUAUUCAACUUCAUGAACUGGGUUGCUAGCUUUCACACCGUGGAUGAGGAGACGGGCAGCAAGAUGGACAUUCACAACCUUGCGACGGUCAUCGCGCCAAAUAUCUUGUACUCAGACAUUAAGAGCCCCGAUAUGGACAGUAGCUUCUUGGCGAUUGAAGCCGUGGCGGUCAUGAUCGAGUGUAACGAGAUCUUCAGUGAGAUUCCGGAAGACAUCACCUCAUUGCUGAAUGACCCCAUCUUCGAAAAGGAGGCCGAUGUUACAACCAAAGAAAUUCUCAAGCGCUACGGCGAUAUGGCGCGCCGUCCUCACGCUGUUGUCACCCAGAAUCAUGGCAAUGGCUCUCGCGAAGGGCGUGGCGCUAUCCAACACGUCGCUGAGGACGCUGCCUGGCCGAUGGAGUCCUCAGUGCGACCUGUAGGCGGCCCAGGAGGCAGCACCAUGAACACGCCACCAUCACACUUCAGUUCUAUGCAAGGACACCAGGACACAGGCUCACCGAACCGACAAUCGCAGUUCAGAGCGUCAGGUGUGCCAAGGCAGCAAGGUCCGCCUCUUGGUAUCACUGGAGCAGGCUAGGUCUUUCGCGAUCAUCCUGCUAUCCUUUCCCAUUUUAGUUCAUUUUUCUUACUGUUGUUUUGUAGAGGAAGAAGCUGUAUCUGGGCCCCAGGCUCUCGAAAGCCGCGAAAAGAAUCGCCUUCGAAGAAAGUGCCGCCUCUGUUCGCUAAGAUACAUUUGCCGCGUAUCAAGCGUGGCAGUGCGACAACCGCAUACACGCUCGACGGUGCAGCAUAACACCAAUAAUACUUACACUUACUCGUCUUCGCCUUUUUGAGGGAGAAGACAUCUGAUCGGUAUGCUUCCAUGAUGUCCAUGAGGUGAGCAAAGAGCUUAGUCGAUUAGCAUCGUCAUUACUAUCAAGGAGUACAAAAAAUAACCCCUGCAAUCGGUGUUCACAUAAUAGUCGGAGUUUCGGACACCGCACAAAAAAAAAAAAAAAACA